UCGCCGCUUACAAGCCCAGUUCACUACAGAGCGGGACUGGCACAGGUUCCAUCAGCCCCGGAGUCUGCUGUUGGCGCUGGUUGGGGAAGUGGGUGAGCUGGCGGAGCUCUUUCAGUGGCAGGGGGAGGUCCCUGAAGGUCUCCCUGGUUGGUCCCCGUCCCAGCGUGAAGCUCUCUCUCAUGAGUUAAGUGACGUCUUAAUUUACCUUCUGGAGCUGGCAGAGAAGUGCCACGUGGACUUGCCACGUGCUGUGCUGGAGAAGAUGGAGCUAAAUGCCAAGAAAUACCCAGCAGGGCGUGUGCAAGGCAGUGCCAAGAAAUACACGGAGUACAAGUCCGAGGACGCGUGAGAACGGCAGGGCUUUGGUUAGUUCUUGGCGCUGUUUGCUUCCCAUUGGCUCUUGCCCUCCCCAGUUUGCUGGAGAUGUUGACUCUUGUUCUCGUUUUAGAGGGUUUGAUUUUAUUUUGUAUAAAUGAAGCUUCUGCUCACAGCUUACUUGGCAGCAGGGGGGCGGUGCUGGCAUACUGCGGGCACAUCUCACAAGUGUACGCUGUUGCUGCGCAGAUGCCGGAUGCCCUGUGGUCUGACCUACAGGAGAUGUGACGUACUUUACUUUUAUUUAAAUGUUACUUCAUGUUUUGUUCUGUUUCUAGACAUUUUAGUGUGAAGUUUUGGUCUAAAACAAAGCUAUCGGCUUUAUAGCCGCCAUUAAACAUCUUUUUACUCAA